AUGCCUUGGAAAUUGUUGGCCGCCCUCGGCGGCCUUCUUCCUAGUAAUACAUUGCUUGCACGGAGUUAUCCACCGGAUCGCCUCGUCAGCCUAAACUAUACCACAUACACCGGUACAACACUAUCGAACGGCGUCGACCAAUUUAUUGGGAUGCGGUAUGCCGCAGCGCCCCUGGGUGACUUGAGGUGGAAGGCUCCAGAGCCGCCAACACCGCAGGCCACAGUGCAAAAAGCGGACAAGUUUGGCAACUUUUGCCUUGGUACCGGGGAAGAGAUGAGUCAGGGAGGUUCCGAGGAUUGUCUCUUUGCCAAUUUAUGGCGACCAUCCAACGCUUCAGAAAAGUCUAAACUACCAGUUUGGGUCUUCAUCCAAGGAGGCGGAUUCAACAGUAACUAUAGCCCAAACUACAACGGCUCUGAAGUCGUUGAAAGGUCUGGUCACAAUAUUAUUCAUAUCAAUUUCAACUGGCGAGUCGGCUUGUACGGCUUUCUAGCUGGAAGAAACGUCGAAGCACACGGGAAUCUAAAUGCUGGACUGCUUGACCAGCUGCGGUUGUUGCAGUGGGUUCAAGAGAACAUCUCCAAGUUUGGCGGUGACCCGAAUCACGUCAUUGUACAUGGAAGUUCUGCUGGCGCUGGGUCAGUGGCUCUUCACUUGCUGAACCCUAAAAAUGCUGGACUCUUCGCUGGGGCAAUCAUGGAGUCUACAUUCAUGCCCACACAGCCGCAUAAAACAGAACUAGAGUGGCAGUACAACCGUCUUGUUGAAAGCGUUGGAUGUGCCAACCAGACUGCAGAGCUACAGAUGAGAUGUCUACGUGGUAAAACUACCGAGGAACUGCAGCAAAGUAAUCGCCCAAGCCCGUUCCCGGGUCAGCCCUCUAUGCAAUCGCCACUUUGGUAUUGGACGCCCUGUAUCGAUGGCAAUCUGAUACCCGAUGUACCAUUGAACAUGUAUCAGAGAGGACAAUUCAUUAAGAUCCCAAUGAUUGUCGGGAAUAAUGAAAAUGAGGGUGCCUACUUUGCUGCCAAUGCAUCCAACGCUGAGGAGGUCACCACAUUCAUGCACAGCAAUUAUCCAAGGUUAGCGGAGGGAGAACUCAGACAGAUGAUACGAUACUAUCCGCGACCCAAUCCAGUGGCACUGCACGCGGCAUGGUUUCCAUCCGCGGAACAGGCGUACGGCGAAUCAACACUCACGUGUCCAGCUAUGCAUAUCCUAGAUGCUGCUGAGAAAUUUAAAGGCAACCAUGGCCAGGAAGGGCAGCCAAGCCCUAGUCUAUGGUCGUAUCAUAUGAACAUAUAUGACGAAGACUACGUAUCACGGGGCUUAGGCUGUCCUCACGGCUACGAGGAGGGCAUUAUUUUUGGACCAAAUAGCGCGAAUAAUCCUGGGCGGUACCAGUCUCCAGCAAGUCUUUACACCUAUAAUGCGCCUCUAGUGCCAGUCAUCAUGAACUAUUGGAUCUCCUUUGUCCGUACUCUCUCUCCAAAUACAUACCGACACCCCAGCGCACCUGAGUGGCAAAGUUGGGCAGAAAAGAAGAGUGGAGCGAAAUUAUUGGUCAGGCUGAAUGAGUUACAUAUGGAGGCUGUACCCAAAGCGCAAAGAGAACGAUGUGCGUUUUGGAACAGGAUGGAUAGGUCAUUGCUUGCUUGA